AUGAACCCUAGUGGAGGACUCAUCUCAAAGGGACACCCGCUUGGAGCUACAGGUCUGGCUCAGUGUGCAGAGCUGUGCUGGCAGCUGAGGGGGGAUGCGGGGCCUCGGCAGGUCCCCGGGGCAAAGGUCGCCCUGCAGCACAACAUCGGUCUUGGUGGAGCGGUGGUCGUCACUCUCUACAGGAUAGGCUUUCCUCAAGAAACAAGCUCUCGGAUCGCUGCAGUGGCCACCAGCGCGUCCAGCGACCUCAAAGGCUUCAAAGCUCACACUGUCUUCAAGGAGAUAGAGAAGAAGCUACAGGAGGUGGGAGAGAGAGUCUAA